AUGUUAAUAAUGUUAACAGAUAACAUAUUAAAUUCACUGUAAAGUCAUAUUAAGUAAAUUUAUGUUUUCGUUCACUGCCUUACACAUUAUACUCAGCAUUGCGGUUAUCUCUACCGGAUCGAUACAAACCAACUCCCUGUGCUAAUAUCAGCUGUUAAGUCCUACGUGCUUACUUCGUGUACGUGUGAUUGCGUAGGAGUUUGUUGGUUAUGUAUGUACAGGAAUAUAGCAAGAUAAUUCCCGUGUAAGAAUGUUUCAAAAUAUUUGUGUUAAAGCCUUCCAAACAGUAACUUCCAUCACGUUGUAUCAAUAUGUCUUUAAGAAUAAAGGAACAAAAUUGAGGCACAUGGGAGCCCUGCUACUGACCUCUGGCAUUGCAACCUAUACAGCCAAUAAAUAUAAGGCAGAAAUGGCCACAGCUGUGAUUGAAACCUCAAAUUUUAUGGCUAAACCCAUUACUGAUAUAAAAAAAUUGUCACAAAAUCCAAAUGACAUGAAAACAAAAAUGGAGCUCCUGAUAAUGAGAAUACAGGCUGAAGUUUGUCAUGCCUUAGAAGCUGAAGAAGAUAAAGACACGAGAUUUCAAGUUGACCGUUGGGAGCGUCCUGAAGGUGGGGGAGGCAUUACUUGUGUAAUUCAAGAUGGCCAGACUUUUGAGAAAGCAGGAGUGAAUGUUUCAGUAGUUCAGGGACACCUGCCUCCUGCAGCAGUGCAGCAGAUGAGAGCCAGGGGGAAAAUACUACAAGAUGGCCCACUGCCAUUCUUUGCUGCUGGCAUCAGUUCAGUGAUACACCCACGAAACCCCAUGGUUCCUACUGUCCAUUUUAAUUACCGUUACUUUGAAGUACAAAACACCGAUGGGUCUGUUCAGUGGUGGUUUGGAGGGGGAACAGACCUGACUCCCUACUACUUGGAUGAAGAGGAUUCUAAAUAUUUCCACCGCACACUGAAGAAAGCUUGUGAUAAACAUAAUAAGAAGUAUUACUCACAAUAUAAGGCUUGGUGUGAUGAUUAUUUCCACAUAAAGCACAGAGGAGAGAGAAGAGGAGUUGGAGGUAUCUUCUUUGAUGACCUUGAUACCCCAUCAAAAGAGGAAACAUUUAAGUUUGUAGAAACAUGUGCUGAAUCUGUCAUUCCAUCCUACAUUCCACUGGUUCAAAAACACAAGAAUGAUCCAUAUGGUUACAGUGAACGGCAGUGGCAGUUGCUCCGUCGGGGUCGUUAUGUAGAGUUUAACCUAAUAUAUGACAGAGGCACAAAGUUUGGCCUCUACACUCCUGGAGCACGGUAUGAGAGUAUUCUCAUGUCCCUCCCUCUUACUGCUAAAUGGGAAUACAUGCACACACCCAAUCCACAGUCAAAAGAAUGGAAUCUUCUGGAAGUCCUGAGAAGUCCAAGAGAUUGGUUGGGAACUGAAGGUGCUGAGAAGUAAUUUUGCUUGCAGGACAAGUAGAUUGGUUAAAGGUUUUAUUAAUGGGAUGCAGAACUCUAUGAAGUAAUAUUUAUCAAACUUUAUAAUCAUGAUUCAUGCCAUCUCAGGAUGUGAGCAGCCUUGGAGACUGUUCACCAUGUGAAGUGUUCUCUGGCUGGACUGUAAUUAGAUAGUGAGUGAGUGAGGAUGCAGGCUGGAUGACCAAUAUGCAAUUCAUGACAAAGGCAACACUUUUUCCGUAUGACACUGUAAGUUGUAAAGACUGCAAGUAUCAAGAUGGGAUGUGAUACCAUGUAUAGUUUAAUAAACAGGUACCGAUGUAUUAAAAGAACCUGCUGCCUCAACAUUUGAACAUUUGUGAACAUUUGAAGGUGAAGACAGAAUCAGCAGAUUCUUCUGAAACAUUGGCAACCAGCUAUCAAACUGGAUGGCAUAACCCAUAAGGCCGUAAUCUUCAUCGGUUUUUCUCAUCAUUAUAGUAGACUGGUUGGGAGUCCCACCUAGGGUCUUAUUUAGUGGGCACUUAGAGCUAGUUCUCAGUGGCAAAACAGCCAGAGACUGAAGCUGGAGUCUCACUACUAUGUAGUGGCAGGGUUAAGAAUGUGUGGAGCUAUACCAGUGACAAGCUAAUUUCUUGAUUCCCUUUUGUAGUGAAAUUUGGAAUAUGGUCCUAUUUUUUUACACAUUGACCUAUAUAACAAUAAAUAAUAUAUUUUAAACAAGAUUGUCUCUCUUCAGGGCUGUACCUUUGUCAGACUAUGAUCACGAUCAGCUGAUGUAACCACGAGAUAGAAUUUUAUUGGCUCUGUUCUCUUUGGAUGCAUGGUGUUUCAUGCACACUUUGUGAGCAUUUUUCUGUCAAGUGUUCAGUUUAUCAGUGUGACUUUACAAAUUUUUCACAUAACUGAUCUUCCAGACCCCUCAUGUUGGAAGAAAAAUACAGGAUAAGGAUCUGUCAGCCAUUCUCUGCCUUCAAAAUGUUGCCCUUUAGUAAUUUUAGCCAUACAUCUUUAUACAGAGGAGGGAUGUGUGCAAUUUCUCUUCAAAUAUGGCUGCAUCGCUUUCAUCUGUUCUCCCUCUUCAGAAUUUUACCUCUUAAUUCCAUUUGUCUGAUCCUCUUACAGGGAGGGGGUGUGGUUGCUAGGAUAUCGAAGCAAUAUGCAAACUCAAUGUGGUUUCUCUUGAAACACAACCACCAGAUGACCUCACAUCCCUUUGAGUUGUUUGCUAUAUUUGAAAUUGUUGAUUUUCUUUGUGUCGUGCUUACAUAUCACUUAACAGCCAUAUUGGAUGAGAAGAACUUUUUAUUAUAUUAC